AUGAAGCUGCGAGUUCGCGUCUGCAAGCAGACCAGCAAAGUGGACGCGCUCGGUCCCGAGUCCACUGUCGGGGAACUCAUGGAGCACAUACGUCACGUCCUGCUGCCCGGACACGGACUGGGGCCGGACGUGACCUUCGCCCUCUCUCUCGACGGCGCCGAGCUCCUCGCCGACACGGGUCAGAAGUUGUCGUCGUGCGGCGUCGUCCCGGGAGAUCUCGUCCGCGUCCUCCUCCCCGCCGCCGACGGAGGGCCCGACGCCGGAAGCCGCGCCGUGCCCGCCGACCGCGCGCGCCCCGGGGACGACCGGACCGGCGCCCGAACCGCCCCCGUCAUGACCCCCAGCCAGCCCCGCGGCGGCGCCCCCGCGGAGCCAGAGACGCUCGGCCGGGAGCCGACGCUGUGCGGCGAGGCCGGCGAAGGUCAGGCGCCGCGCUCGCUGGAGCUGCUGUACCGCGCCGCCGACCCGACCUGCCCCGCCGACGCCGUCGUGGUGGCCGCCCACCUCCUCAUGCUGGAGACGGGAUUCGCGCCGCAGAGCCACGAGGCCGAGCCGGCCGAGAUGCCGCCCGGGUGGCGCUCGUCCGGCGGCGCUUACAGACUUCAGUACACGCACGCGCUGUGCGAAAGGGCCACGGUCACAGUGGUGGCGGUGCCCAUGAGCCCCGUGCUGGUCAUCCAAGCCAUCCUGCAGCUGGCCGACAGCGCCAGCAUGGCGGCCAAAGUUUGCGUGGACCCCGCCGGCUACGUGACGGAGGCGUGGCCAGGAACCAGCGCGGCGGCCGCCUACACCGGUCUGAGUCGGCUGUCGCGAGUCUUCAAGGACCAGCUGGUCUACCCGCUGAUUGCCGCCACGAGGGAAGCGUUGCGUCUCCCGGCGGCGUUCGGCCUGUCGGCGUUGCCUCCGGAGUUGCUCCUCCUCGUGUUGCGGCUGCUGGACGUGGUGUCGGUGGUGCGCCUGUCGGCCGUGUGCCGACACCUGAACGCCGCCGCCGCCGACGCCGCGCUCUGGAGACAUCUGGUGCGACGCGACUUCAGCGAUCACAAAUGGCAGGGAGAGACCAACUGGAAAGAGGUCAGCCUUCUCGCUCGUGCGUUCCGACGGCCGUCGCGGAGGCCGCUUUUAACGCCCCCGUCGCGUGUCUGCGCGCAGCUGUACAAAAGUUUCUACAAGUUCCGGCACAAGCGAGGCUGCGCGGAGCGGCCGUGCUCCCUCCCCCCUUUCAUCCAUCGCCCCGUCUUCGGCCCCGCUCCCUACCCGCCCGUCCCCGGCAUCCUCGGCGGAGGCUACGACCGACGACCGCCGGCUUUACCCGCGCCCCGCUACGACCCCGUGGGCCCGCUGACGCACGGCGAGCGGCGGCGGCGCAGCGACCCCCGACCCCCAGCCGGGGGGGGCGCUCGGCCGGGGGACGUCCGUAGAGGCUUCAUCUGA